AUGUUGCUAAUCUCUAUAGUCUAUGCAAAUAAGGGCAGCUUCCAGCAAUGCUACAUUUUCGAUUUUGGUUGUUGCGUCAUCGAUCUAGAUAAAAUGUCUGGAAAAGUGAUCCCUGUGGUUAGGGCUGAAGAAGAAGAGGAGGAAGAGCUCGUCGAUCCACAGGCACAAUUACGAGAACAAUGUGGCCAGAAACCAGAUGCUCAGAACAUGUGGUCUAAGUAUCAGGAAUGCAACGACCGUGUUAACUCCAGAUCUAAUACUGCAGAGACCUGUGAAGAAGAAUUGAGGGACUACUUGCACAUCCUAGAUCAUUGUGUCACUAAAGACCUGUUUAAAAGGCUUAAG